CUCUGAGCCUUUCUCUUUCUUCCUAGAUUUGUCUUCAUUGCUUCUCAGCUCUGCGACAUUGCCUCUUUCUGUUCCCAAUUCUCUCUGUUUCACUCUGUGUCUCUCCAUUUGUCUCUGUAUCUAUCUGGCUGUCUGACUCUGUUUAACUGUUGCCUCUCACUAUUUCUCCAUCUCUCUUUCUCUAACUCGCCCUGUCUCUCUCUUCCCCUACCUCUGUCUCCUUUUGCCUGUGACAUUCUCCUGGAAAUGCAUCAAACACUGAAGUGGCCGGAUUUCAAGUGACAAACAGCACUACACCCAGAAUCCACUCCCACCCACAACCGGCUGCUCCCUCCUCCACAUCACGAAGAGAAGCUAUUGUGUCAGGCGGGAGUUGAGUGGAAGGGCCUGGGGGUCUGAGCUCUGACUGCUCUGAGCUACUUCCUUCCCCAUUGGCUCUGAGCAGCCUGUGCUCAGCGAGGGCUGAGCGACAGGGGAGGCUGUAGUCCAUAAAAGGGGGGAUGAAGCACCAGAACUGGCAUUCUAAGGGGCUUUGGUAGCGCUCAGCUCGCUUUCUGGCACCUCUCUGAGCUGGAGUCAGGGCUGACUCUUGGACUGGCCACCUGCCACUACCCUACAACCUGUUCUGCCAGAAGCCAUCCAAGGACAAAGCAGCGUGCAGGUCAUUUAUCCUCAGGUUUUGAGUUCUGCCUGGAGGGAGCUCUUCAGCAGCCCCAGCUGGAAGAACUGAGAGGAAUGGCGUGGCAGAGGCUGGUGCUGGCCACCUGCCUCCUGGUGCUGCCCUCUGCCUCAGCAGAAUGCCUGUCCCAGUGCUCCUUGUGUGCUGUGAAGACCCAGGAUUGGCCCAAACCCAUCAAUCCCCUGAUUUGCUCCCUGGAAUGCCAGGACACCUUGCUGCCCACCGAGGAGUGGCAGCGAUGCCAGGGCAUCCUGUCCUUUUUCACCCCCUCUGCCUUCAGGUUCAGGGGCCAGAAUGGCCUGGACAGCAGGGCAGCUUUGGAAAAGGCCUCCAUGGAGCUGGUCAAGCAUGCUGGGCCUUUCCUGCAGGAGCUGGAGAAAAGUGGACUCCUCUCCAGCACCCCUGCAAAGGACAAGCUCAGGGGUCUCUCUGGUGGGUUCGGGGAAGGCAUGGAGUCUGACGCAGUGGGAGCUUCCCAGCUACACGGUGGUGCUGUGGAGGCUGCAGCUCUCAAUUUCGAUGAGGACCCCAAGGAGCAGGUCAAACGCUACGGGGGCUUUCUUCGCAAAUAUCCCAAGAGGAGCACAGAGGUGGCUGGGGAGGGCGAUGGGGAUGAGGACAGUGUGGGCCACGAGGACCUGUACAAACGCUAUGGGGGCUUCUUGCGGCGCAUCCGUCCCAAGCUCAAGUGGGACAACCAGAAGCGCUAUGGUGGUUUUCUCCGGCGCCAGUUCAAGGUGGUGACACGGUCACAGGAAGACCCCAGUGCCUACUCAGAAGAGUUUUUUGAUGUGUAAACAUGCCCUCAUCCUGCAGCUGAGUCAGGAGCUUCCCCUCAUACCUUCCCAUAUUGGAGCACACUCACUCCCCUCUUGUGUGUACCCUGUUCCCACACCCAGCUCAUCACCAUCUACAAAAUAUCCAAGCCCAGCUCACCUCUCUCCUUCCCCAAGUGCACUAUUUGCCUGAGGUCAGUGACAGAGAAAAGUGGAGGUCCCCCUCUGUUGGGAUCAGUGCUGGACUCACACCCCUACACCUCUAAGCUACUACCAGCAGCAGCUUUGGAUAUCAGUCUCCCUACUCUGUUCUAGUGACUCCCCAAUUCCAGGAGUCCAGAGUGAAUUGCUCUUUCUACAUGUAGAUCUAUGAUGAUCAAGCUUUACAGAUCAUACGCCCCUCCCAGAAGAAAAAUGAGCACCCGCUCCAUGCAGAUAGUAUACAUAUUACCAUAAAACCUGUGCAGAAUAGAAAUUUAAAACAAGAGAGAUAAACAUAAACAGAAAUCUCAACAUUGUAUUCUCAAACCCCAGAGAUCUCCUUAUGCACCCCACUUUGGAGACCAUACAUUAGGUGAAGAGCCUGAACACUGGCUUUUAUUGGAGCAGGAAUUCUGACACUGGAGAGCCCAGUCUUCUGGUAGAUUAAAUGUUCAGUCUGUGUACUCUGAGUUCUCAUCAUUUAGAAAUGCAUCUCUUGAAGAGCUGAGCUACUGAAUGCAUGUUCAUGUUGGUACCCUGGACUGUGCCCACCUCACAGAAGAGGAAAGGAGUGGAAACUGUUCCUCGGUGGCAGAGAGCUCUUCUGAACACCCAGAUGAUCACAGAGGGAGCAAAGCAAACCAAUUUGUUCUGUGCAACAAGCUCAGAAUGUGGACCAGUUCCCCUGGCCCUCGUUAAGCUAAUUAAACGGAUUGGUAUCACACUUCUACCCCAUGAUGAACUGAAGCAGUUGGGCUGAUGAGGUUAAACACAGCCAUGUUCUGGAGCAGCUGAACUGGCUGCCAGGAGCCCAGCCAUCUGGCCCAGCAUAUGCACUGGGCAAUGGAUCAGGGAGUCCAGAGGCAGCGGAAAGAAAGAGUGCCCCUCCUCAACCCAACAUAACAAUUCUUCCCUCUUAAUGCCUCCAAAUAAAACAGAAAGGGGAAUGAAAUGAUUGUUUGAGGGCAAGUGAGUUCCCCUGAUUCAAAUAACCCAGAAUCAGAGACAGAAACCUGAUGUGUUGGUUUCAAAGUUCCUUCUCUCUCUCUCUUUCUCAUCCCCAAGCACUGUUGGGGUUUGUGGGACAAGGAGAUGGGCUGGAUAGGAGAGGAAAUGGACUUGAGUCUGGAUACUUUGUGUAAGGUGCUUUGAGCACCCCUCUUCAAGCCCAGCCCCCCGGUCUCUCUUUCUGAAAUGUACAGAUUGUUCUAGGUUUGCUUUGUGUGCUUUUAAAAAAUUCCAUUUAUGCAAUUUACUUGGAAUUUGCUUAGUCUACAAUAGGCCCGUGUAAUUUCCUGCUCCCUCCAGUAUAAUAAAUAAAAGAG